AUGGGUAACUAUUCCGCACUNGUGAAGCAGGCGAGAGACCAACUACAGAGCAACGAAACUCAGGAUGAAAUAAAAGAAGUAUUCGAGGGUUCGUGCAAGUUGAUUCCCAUAAAGUUCGUAGCAGAGGGAUGUAUGAAAUUGGCCGAUGAGUUCGUGGUCGAGCUGAUUGAGACGCUCGCUUCAGAGAUGAACCCCCAAGCCGUGUGCUCUGUCGCUGGACUCUGUAACAACGCUAAGAUCGAUCGGCUGCUUGUAGACUACAACGCACAAAGAGAACUAAGGGCCGGUUGUUACAACUGUCAGAAGACCGUCGGUGUUGUCAGGAAGAAGUUUGACGAGACCAAGUAUGAAGACUUUUUAGUGGGACUCCUGCAGGUAUGCCGCAACAUGGACUCAUUAUCCGACUCUUGUUCGAUGCUGAUAUUCAAAUACUACGAGAACAUUUUGGAAGCCGUGAAAAAGGAUUUAAACCCCGAAGGCAUCUGCCAUGUCAGCGGACAGUGUUCGUACAAGUUCCAUAAUCACGAUGAGUUUACGUUCCCUGAACAGAUGGUCCAGUAUUCUGCGACCGACGAUGUUCCGUGCGAAUUUUGCGAACAGCUGGUCAAACAUCUGCGAGACGUUCUCGUCGCGAAUACUACUGAACUCGAAUUCUAUAAAGUUCUUCAAGGCCUCUGCAAGCAAACCGGAAAAUUCAAGGACGAAUGUCUACACUUAGCCGAACAGUACUAUCCGGUCAUCUACAACUUCCUAGUGUCCGAUUUGAAACCGGCUGAAACGUGCAAAAUGAUUGGGAUCUGCGGUAACCUCACUAGCGCGCCGAUCUCGCCGCUCGUGGCCAGGGAACUGGUCGUUAAAGUGCAACCUAAAUUGAUUGGCGCUGAAGAAUCAAAGAUCGCUCGUGUACCGUUAGCAAAACAAAUGGAGCCGGCGAGCGCGGCGGUAUCCGUACUGCCGCUGGAGCGCAUGUUCGUAGCGGCGCCGCAGAGCAAGGCCGCCUGCGCGUUCUGCCAGUACUUCCUGCACUACUUGCAGGUGCAACUCAGCGACACCAGGACCGAGGACAAAGUGAAGGCCGCAGUACAGGAGGCGUGCGACGCGCUGCCCGACGCCCUCAACGGUGAAUGCAAGGAGUUUGUAACGCAGUACGGAUCCGCCGUCAUCGCUUUGCUCGUUCAAGAAAUCGAUCCCGCCAGCGUAUGUCCCGCUCUUCAAAUCUGCCCUCAAACAGAAGAAAUCCGCCGAGUCGACGUCAAUUCUGAAAAAUCUAACUGCCCCCUGUGCCUCUUCGCCGUUGAACAACUAGAAUCGGUGCUCAAGAACAACCGUAGUGAGGAGAACAUUCGCAAGGCUCUGGACGGUCUCUGCACGCGGCUCUCCCAGAAACUGCAGAGCGAGUGCAUCGACUUCGUGGACACGUACUCGAGUCAGCUCGUCGAGAUGCUGGUGGCCGACAUGAACGCGAAGGAGAUCUGCGUGUUCCUGAAGCUGUGUCGGGACCAACUGCACGAUCCCCUCAAGCUGACCCACUCGUCCAUAGACAAGUUCCACGCGAAGCCGACAUUGAGAGGCGACAGGAACAACCACAGGAAGAAGUCGCUUCUGCCCAAACACAUGCUGGUUUCUGAAUUCAGUGACGUCGAAACGAACGAGAUCCCGGACGACACGGUGAACGGUCGCCGCGUCUCGCACAAGUCUCAGAGCAACGUCUGUGUUCUUUGCGAAUUCGUCCUGAAGGAAAUCGACGACCAAAUAAAAGACAAACAUAACGACGACGAAAUCAAGAAAGCUGUUCACGGCAUAUGCAAACACAUGCCGAAGUCGGUCAGCGCUGAGUGCGACCAGUUCGUCGAGAAAUACGCGGAUUUAGUCAUCUCUCUCCUCGCUCAAGAAUUGGACCCGAGCGAAGUCUGCGAAGAAUUGAAAUUAUGCAAACCAGAAUCACUGAAAAUUAAUAAAAUAAAAAAAGACAUCCUCGACUGCGCCGUCUGCGAGACAGUGGUGAUGGCCGUGAAGAAGGUCCUCAAAAACGAGAAGCUCGACCGCAACAUCGUGCACAUCAUCGAGAAGUCGUGUGGACUUUUGCCCGCCAAAUACAACGCUCAGUGUUACGCAAUGCUGGAGGUUUACGGUGAAAGCAUCAUUCACCUCAUCGAAGAGUUUGGCGCGAAGGGCGUCUGCCAGAGGAUCGGAUUUUGUGGUCGGACCGAAACCGCAUACGUGCGCAUGUACCGCGAGAAGAGGAACUAACGCGUACCUGUUCCAUCUACAAUAUAAAUAUAGAUAGAAUCGGUAAUCUCUUCUUGUAAUGUAUGUAAUCCUUCGUUUUUUUUUUUACCAAAAGUGUUUAUUUUUAAGUUUAUUUUUUUUCAUGAUUGAUCAACAUAAUUUUGUAACCAUUAUAAACAACAAAAAAAAAUUGUAUCAAAAGUGUACUUAUUCAUGGAAAUAGACUUA